AUGUUUGUCGGAGGAAGGUCGAAGAAGCAAAUCCAAAUCAAUCAGGUUCCAACCGAAGCCGCAGCUCCUGUCCCAGAAACGAAUGAGCAAAGUAUUUUGGAAUCAAUUGCAAAUCGUGAUUAUAGUGGAGCAGCAACAUUCAUUGAUUUUCUUCACAAAGAGCUAAAUCAGCCUUAUACAAAAGAACUUCAACUUUGGCACGGUUAUUGCCUCUUUCAUUCAGGCCAAUAUGAAGAUGCGAUUGAAAUUUACAAAGGUUUGUUAGAAAGUGAUCCAGAUGAUACUACUGUCAAUCUCUAUAUUUCAUCUUGUGAGUUUUACUUAAGAGAUUUUGAUGCAGCAAAGCAGUAUGCCGAAAAAGGUCCAUCUUGUGAUUAUAAGACAAGACUUCUUUUCCACAUUGCUCAGCAAACAAAUGAUGACGAUGCCUUAUAUAAAACACAUUCCCAGUUACUUGGUACAUUACAGAAUCAGCUUUCUCUUGCUGCAAUUCAUUAUAUCCGUUCUCACUAUCAAGAUGCUAUUGACAUUUACCAAAAGCUUCUUCUUGAUCACCCUGAUUAUCUUGCAUUAAAUGUUUAUAUAGCUAUGUGCCUAUUUAAGCUAGAUAAGCAUGAAGAAUCAAAUAACUCUGUUGAUCAAUAUCUUCAAUACAAUUCUGAUUCUGCUGUCGCCUUGAACCUUAAGAGCUGCGAUUAUCUCAAACUUUACGAUCCAAAUACUGCCGAAUCGCAAUUAUUACAAAUUCGCAAAUUCAGUUCAGCAACAUACGGCUUUGUUGAUUCUCUUAUCAAUCAUAACCUAUGUAUAUUCCAUAACGGCGACGAUGGCUUCACAAUCUUACCAAAACUUGUCGGAAUUAUUCCACAAGCCCAGCAAAACCUCGCAAUUCUUUAUUUACGCGAAUCCAACUCUACAGAAGCCUUCAACAUGCUUCAGGACUUCCAGCCUCUUGAUUUAAGCGAAUCUGUCCUCAAAGCAACCGUAGAUCUUGCUUACGGCCAACAAUCCGGUGAUGUCAAUUUAAUCACGAGUGCCAAUGAGGUAUUUAAAGAGUUCGGCAACCUCGAUGACUUCAAGGAUACUAUACAAGGCCGCCAAGCCCUCGCAACCAACAAAUUCAUCGAACAAGAAUGGGAUACAGUCAUGAAAGUGCUGCAAUAUGUUGAAGAAUACCUCAAAGAUACCGAUGAGUUCAAUUACAACAAAGCCAUGACAUUGGCGCAAUUAAAUAGAUUCGCAGAAGCCGAAAGAUACUUCCUAUUAAUCCAGAACCCUGCUUAUCUUCGCGAAUUGAACUAUACAUCAUGGUUGUGCAUGUGUUACAUCAUGAACAAGAAACCAGAAAAAGCUUGGGACAUUUACACGCAAUGCACAGCUCCUGAUGACGCAAAAACAAUUUUGCAGAUCAUUUCUUCGGAAUGCUACAGCCAAAGUAUGUUCUACUUCGCUAUGAAGGCCUACUACAUCCUCUAUGGUUAUGAAAUGAAUGACGAAAUGAAGAGAGGAAUGAUUGCAAGCGCUGUCGGAGUUUUCAGAAACAUUUUGUCAAGAAAAGAAGAGCCAGAUAAAAUUAAUGAAAUUUACGACUGCUUGGCUAACGAGAAAGACGCAGAACAAAUACUCCAAACCAUACAGAACUACGUCGAAACAUCUGGAGAAUUUGAUGCUGCUUGA